AUGUACACGCUCGCCAAAGGCUUCUAUGACCUUCCCCAGGAGAAGAAAAAUGAAUAUUUUGUGGACAGAGACCACGACGAAGAUCUCGUUUUCGGAUAUAAGCCAGCGGGCCAUGGAAAUGGGCCGGUGGAGGGAGUUAAGGAUGGGUUCGAGGGAUUAAUGGACAAGGUUUGCCCAACCGCUCUCGGUCUUCUCAAGUACACGCUCGCCGACAUGGAACCGGAAAAAGUGGGACAGAUUGCCCACACUGAUGCUGGCAGUCUCUCCAUCGUCUUCACUGAGGUUGCCGGCCUACAAGUCCUGAAGCCAAAUGAGGAGCAAUGGUACUACAUAGCACCGAAGCCGGGCCACGCGGUGGUGAAUGUUGGUGAUGCUCUCCGGUUUAUCUCUGGAGGCGUUCUGGAGUCAAGCUUGCACCGCAUAAUUCCACACAAGGACGAGAAAGGGAGGCAUAAAUACUCCAUUGUCUACCUGUUGCGGCCCGAAAUGGAUGCUGAGUUUGUGGAUGCUGAGGGCGUAACUUGGAAAGGUUUGGAAUGGACCAACAAGAAGCAUGCAGUGUUCCGCGCGUCAGCCGAGGAGCAGGCCCAGGGUACUUAUUUGACUGGGAGAGACGGGUAUGUUGGGCAUUGGAACCCUGAGCAAGAUCCGGAGGGCCAGACAAUCACAGUUAAGUGA